CCGCGGCCCAAGGGGCGGAGCCCCGCGCAGGGAAAGGGACCACAACUCCCAGAGACCUCUGCUUCCUUGUCGCCUCCAAGACCAAGAUGGCCACGAGACUCACCACCUACCUGAAGAAUGCCUGGGCGAAGGAGCCGGUGCUGGUGGUGUCUUUCUCGAUCUGGGGCCUGGCUAUAAUUAUGCCCAUGAUCAGCCCCUACACCAAGUAUGCCAGCAUGAUCAACAGGGCCACACCCUACAACUACCCAGUGCCUGUUCGAGAUGAUGGGAACAUGCCCGAUGUGCCCAGCCACCCCCAGGACCCUCAGGGCCCAAGCCUGGAAUGGCUGAAGAACCUGUGAAUACUCCUGCUGAUGGAAUUCUUCCCUGCUGGCCCCCAAUUAAAAUGUGAAGACAAACUCCAUA